GCUUUAAGGGGCUGUUUGUGCUGCACAAAUGCACCUGACCUACAGGAUGAGUAUGCAGGUGCUGUGAAGUCACCCAGCGAGCUCUGCUUGGAUGUGCCAGCACAAAGGUGCUGGAGACGCUGCCACCCCGUCGAGGCCAUGGCGCUGCAGCUCCCAGGACCAGCACUGCUCUCGCUCGUCAGCCUGGCCCUCCUGCUCCUGGUUGCUGCUCUCCCUGCCGAGGCUGGACUUUCGCAGAAGCAUGUUUCAGACGUUGUUGAUGACAGUAAAGAUAACAUCACCAUUUUCACCCGCAUCCUGGACAGGCUGUUGGAUGGAUAUGACAACCGCCUGAGGCCUGGACUCGGAGACAGCGUAACUGAAGUCAAGACAGACAUUUACGUGACGAGUUUCGGCCCUGUCUCGGACACAGAUAUGGAAUACACCAUUGAUGUCUUUUUCCGGCAGUCCUGGAGAGAUGAGAGGCUGAAGUUUGAUGGGCCCAUGAAGAUACUUCCCCUGAACAAUCUGCUGGCCAGUAAGAUCUGGACUCCUGAUACCUUCUUCCACAAUGGCAAGAAGUCUGUAGCCCAUAACAUGACAACACCCAACAAGCUACUGCGCCUGGUGGACAAUGGCACCCUCUUGUACACCAUGAGGCUAACGAUUCACGCAGAGUGCCCCAUGCACCUGGAAGACUUCCCAAUGGACGUGCAUGCUUGCCCGCUGAAAUUUGGGAGCUAUGCCUACACGAAGACAGAGGUAAUCUACACCUGGACACUCGGGAAGGAUAAAUCAGUAGAAGUAGCAAAGGGGGGAUCACGACUGAACCAGUACGACCUGCUGGGCCAUGUUGUUGGCACAGAGAUGGUUCGAUCCAGCACAGGGGAAUAUGUGGUCAUGACUACGCACUUCCACCUCAAGAGAAAGAUCGGGUACUUUGUGAUCCAGACGUACCUGCCCUGCAUCAUGACGGUCAUCCUGUCACAGGUGUCCUUCUGGCUUAACAGGGAGUCUGUUCCUGCCCGGACCGUUUUUGGUGUCACCACUGUCCUCACCAUGACCACCCUAAGCAUCAGCGCAAGAAACUCCUUACCUAAGGUGGCGUACGCGACGGCCAUGGACUGGUUCAUAGCCGUCUGUUACGCCUUUGUGUUUUCUGCGCUGAUCGAAUUUGCCACAGUCAACUACUUCACCAAGCGCAGCUGGGCUUGGGAUGGCAAGAAGGUGCUGGAGGCCCAAGAGAUGAAGAAAAAAGAGCCAGUGGCAUUAGCAAAGAAAACCAAUAACACCUACAACAUCGUUGGCACCACAUAUGCCCUCAACAUUGCUAAAGACCCUGGUCUGCCUACCAUCUCCAAGAGCGCUGCUGCCACUGCUACUGCCACCAACGUACCCCCCAAGAUGCCCCGCAUAGAGGAGAAGCUCCUGGAGAGUAAGAAGACAUACAACAGCGUCAGCAAGGUAGACAAGAUGUCUCGCAUCGUCUUUCCAGUCCUCUUUGCCAUUUUCAACUUAGUCUACUGGGCCACAUAUGUAAACCGGGAGUCAGCAAUCAAGGGAAUGAUCCCCAAACAAUAAAACCGUUCACAGAAACCUUCCAUCAGUGAGCACCAUCCAGGCAGGAAUUCUCCAGGGCUUUCUUCUCUCCUGUUUUGUUUUAUUAUUAUUGUUCAUUUGAUACUAUUAUUACUAUUAGAUUGUUCUUUUUUAAUGUAAACAAAACUGUGAUUUUAAUUUGAUCUCGUAUACAUUUAGUUUCGUUUUAUUUUGUCUCUGAUGAUGAAAGGAAAACAAGGAUCAUAACAAGUUGUGCCUCUAACGUCAUGAGUCUGAUGUCCCCCAUCCGUCCAGGUCACCCUUUGCUUCCAUCUCUCCUCCUCCACCUCGUACCAUACAACCUGCCUGCAUGCCACCCAUUCCCAUUCCACGCUACACUCUGCUGAGACCUGCUGGUGUGACUUGCCUCCCUCGUCCUCUUCUGCAAUGGACUGCCCUAGUAUGGUGGCUGCUUCUGGUGACUCAAGCUCAAGGAUGUGGAGGCCUCCAAAGUCGGCAUGUUGGCUGGGUUGGUCUUCAGCAUCUGGCACUUUAGGCCAGGUUUUACUCCUGGGGCAGCAGUGGUUGCAGGUGAGCUGGGCUGUGUUCAGGGAGCUGGGCUGCACAUGCCAGCAUGUAGCUGAGUGCGCACUGCAGGCAAUUCAGCAACUCUCAGGUGUUGUGGAGUCCUUAAAAGGGUGGAGCAUAGUGGCAGUGUCUUGUAGGCAUCUACAGGGCUUCCUCCUCUCUGUCUUCACCAAACCUAGCUCCAGGUUUCCUCCAUCUUGUUGUUCCAAACAAGAACAGGUAAGGAAGGUUGUGUCUGUCUGCCAUUCUGGACUCUUGGGGCAAUUAUGUCAGAAGAUAUAGUGAUUUCUACCAGAGAUGUAUUUUUUUCAGGAUCAGUCAGUGACAGAAGUCAAGAUGGGAGCUUUCCAAUGCCUAGGAGAGAACAUAAACUGUGAGGGUGCAUGCAUUGAAUGUCAGGGCGGGAAGACAUAGAGCUCAUGUUCUUAUGGGUAGUUGUUUGCUUUCUUUUGGCUGUAUCUGCUUGUCCUUCUUGGCAUCUCUUCUCUGUUGUAAUCCCCUCUUUAACCUUCACAUUCAUCUUCCUUUCUUUGGCAGCUCAGCAGUCCUUGGUACUAAUCUCACUGGUUGCAGGUGGGCAGUGAAGUACCUGACCUCUGAGAUUAGCCACAAUGGCAGGGAGGAGUGCAGCCCCAGCGAUGUUCAGCUCACAGAGCGUUUUUCUCUGGAUCCCUGGAGCAGCAGUGAUGUUAGUGCAGGCUAGGAAAGACAGGUUUUUUCCAGCCUAGGGGCAGGGGCAACAUAGGGGCCACUCUGCUGCUAGUAAGAGAUGAGAGAGGGAUGGGCAGUCCCCAAAGACUUGCCUGCGCCUAGUGAACCUGAUGCAGAUGAGCAUUCUCUGUGCUGUGUCAUGACAGGAGAAGGGGCUCUUUUAACCAGGAGGGUGAUUCUGCUGUCCCUAAGAGCUAUGUAAGGCAGGUGCCACCCCAUAAAGCCACUGAGAUGAGACCCAGGUCUAAACCCACAAACUCUUCCCAGAAAAGCCCUCCAGUGCCUUGGAGAGAGGCUUUUUCUCCCUUCACAGCCACCACAUCGCUGGGACUUGAACUAGCCGUGCCCCUUCCAGGUGCAGCACUGGGAUGGGGAGAUCCAGGCUGUCUGGCCUCCUUCCUCCCUCCCUCACUGGUGCCUGGACCCAGGGACACGGUGUCCUGCUAUAGUGAAUUACGUGCUGCAUCUGAUGAGCACUUCACCCCAUUUUCCCAUUGCCUCCCCUCACAUCAGCACCCCAAACCGCCCAUGACAUUUCUGCAGUGCCUUUCACUGGUGGCUCCUGCAGGGGCUCACCAACCCCCUGUGCAUGGCAGGGGAGACCGGGGAGCUCUGCCUUGCGCGCUGCAGCACAGGCAACAGAGGUCCAAAAAGCAGAGGGAGGAUGUGUGGUCCCCAACAGCAAGCCUGCAAGCAGCCACUUGGGGUCACACUGUUGCUUUUUCACCCUGGGGUGCCAGGACCCCCCAGGCACUGGCCUCUGCUGCUGCUGCAGCCACCCUUGCUGCUGUCCAUCGAAACCAGCACGGCUCCCCAGUGCCGAGGCCGUGCAUAUGUUGAGUCCGUGCACCAGCACCCCGUUCCCCUCCAGCAGCAAAGGCUGCCACCGUCUGGCUUCGAGGGCUCUCCAGGCAGUAACCGCUGCACUUACUGGGCACGAGGCAGUUCGUUUUGGAAACUACUGGGAUGUCAUUUUCUUAAAUAACCUAGAUGAAGUGUAUCUCAUAAAACAUUCAUGUCACUAUAAUACUCAGGCCUAAGUGAAUGAAAUAGAAACCCUAUAAAAGCAAAACAAACACAAUAAAAUGGUAACAAAGAGUACAUUGUGUUUACUAACAGAAUUAUAUCAGAUGCAGGUUUAAAGAUGCGAUCCUUACACAGGCCUCGGGGCAGAGGCAGUCUCCUCUGCUAGCCUGGCCAUUCCUCAAAAUCCCCUCUGACUUGAGGCCAAGUCCUGCCAUGCGUCGCCUCGCCACGUGUAUGCCUGCCGCCACGAGCGGUACCUGCUGCUGGUGUCUUUUGAUGCCUGCUCGACGGAGCUCCCCCGAAUUAGCAGGUCUACCCAGCUGCUCCCCAGCAGCCCAGGCAAGCCCCGCUCCCAGCACUGCUCUGCUGCCCAGCCAGGGACAGAGCAGGGCUGGUGCUAGGUGCCUCUUGGUGGAGAUGCUGGGAGAGCCCUGGGGCUGGGUCUUUCUGCAAGGUGUCAGGACAUAUUCCCAGGACAGCUUUCGAGCGGUCUCCCUAACUAUAUGUGAUCUUUGCUGUUUCACUCAGAGCUAUCAGAGUGAAUUUCCUGUCUCUUACAUUCAUCCUUUUCUCCUGGUGUUUUCAAGCUCCAGGACAGUUGUUCCUUUCCAUAGCACACCACCUACCUGGCUUACUGGUGAUACGCAUCUGCUGUCUCUUCUUUGCUCUCCCUGACUCUGACGAUGUUGCUCUCUGCCUGAUAAAAGGCUCACUUCCUGGAUCUGUGCUAGCACUAUUUGAAAGCCAAGUCUAUUCCAACCAAAGCCUGGCACAGGCUCUGAGCCUUUUUGCCAGCUGGAAGCAGAAAUACUGGCAUCCUUUGGUUAGAAGCAACAAACCAAAGAGUAUUUGUAGUGUGGCUUCCAAACAGGGAAGCAUUUUGGGAAGAUAGUUAUAAAUAAAUGGUUUAACAUCUCCUGCCAGUAGAAAGAAA